GGAGUACUCCGACGCAAAACUCUCUCCGCUGCUCCGCAAACCAAGCAAGACCGGAAGAGCGCCCAGGCCCACCACAGCGGCCACUCCUCCCCCAUUCCCGAGUCCCGACCAACCACCGGCACCGACGCGGCCGCUCCCCAGCAUGGCCUCCACCGCCGCCGCGCCGCGCACCACGAAGGAGCUCAUGGACGCCCUCACCGCGCACCUCUCUCUCUACCACGCCGCCGCGAACCCUAGCCCCGCCACCGCUGCUGCCUCUACCUCCUCCUCGUCACCGCGCGCUGCGAUCCUCCGGUGGCUCGCCUCCCUCUCCCCCGCCGCGCGCGCUGCGGCUGCCACCUCCCUCCUCUCCCCCGCCGCGGCUGCCGCGCUGCUCUCCAUGGUCCGCCGGCUCCGCCUCCGCGGCCACUCCUCCUUCUUCGUGCUCCACUCCUCGUCCCCGUCCACCUCCGCGCGCGGAGCCGAGGAGCCAACCGUCCUCUCGCGCCUCUCCCGGGGCCUCCUCGCCCGCGCCGCCGCCAGCUCCCGGGCGCAGGCGCUCCUCUUCGCCAACACCCUCCUCUUCCCCUCGUCGCCCGCAUCGUCGCGGCGCCCCGACGUGAUCACCGUCGCCGAAGCCUUCGUCGCUGACCUCGACGGCUUUGUCGCAGCCAUGGAUGAGAUCUCUGGCGGGAGGUUCCUCUGCUGCGGGGAGGGGGAAGUGGACCUGGCCGCGCUGGCGUGUCAAGAUUUCCCGGAGCUGCCCUGGCUUAAUGCCAAGGGGUACUACGUGAUCGAGGAGUUUCUGGCCAAUAGGUUGGAUAUCGCACUGCGAAUGUCGUGGGCAGCGGCAGGGGGUGGGUCAGCUGGAGGGAGAAAGGCGGUGAGAAUUGGGAAGAGUGCGAAGGAGAAGGCUGGGCUUGCUGCAAACGCGUUCUGGAGGGAGAAGGGAUAUGCGGAUUGGUGGAUGAGACUGGAGCCUCGGAUGAGAGCAAGUCUCAUGGGGGUAUUCUUCGGGAAAGGUGCAAUGGCCCUGGCAAAUGAGAUGGUUGAAGGAUCAGACAGUGCCUCAAGGGAUAAUUUAGGUGAACCAGGAUCAUUCGUGGCAAACGAAUCUUGUGAAUGUACACGGCAGUCUCUGUUCAGAAAGAAUUGUGCUUCUUCCGUUGAUGGUGCAAACAUUCUGUCUUGCAGCAAGAAGUCUGUAUUUUAUAAAGAGUUGAAAAGACUGAAACUAGUUGAGGAGAUAGUCUGUUUGAAGAGCAACAUUACUUGCUGCAGCGGUGAUGCAAUCUUUUUCACUUCAUUAGUGUCGGCUGCUACUGCUGCUGGUGAUGUACUUAUGAAAUUACAAGGGCUUCUCAUGGUGGUGUCGACAGAAAGUAUAAAUCUUGAACUUAUUGGGGAUGAAGCCCCCAAAAAGAAAGAUGUUGAAAAGACCAGUGGAGGUUCUCGGAAAGGAAAGAAGAAGUCUAACACCUUGAAAAAGCUAACGACAUCUGCUAAGCCAUCUAAGUUAACCUUUUUCCAGGAUAAUGGAUGCAGUAGUUCAGAUAAUCGCAAUUGUAGUCCUUUACCAAACCAUUGUGCUCCAUCUGUUGAAGGCACUGCUGCUGGACCUCCAUCUGAAAAAACUCCUUACAAGGAAAUUGUACCAACAACGAAGGAACAAACUGUCUCGUUGGAUGGUUGCAAAAAUCAAUGUAACAAAAAGAAGAACAAGCGGAAAGGGAAAACAAAACUAUCAAAUCCGAUGAGGCCUGAGAGCCCAAGAUCUACCAAAUUAAAAACAGUUGUUCCCCAUAGUGCUGCAGAGGCCUUGCAUGAAGCUGCUAAAGAGGCUGAUGUCUCACCUCAUCACCCAUCGUAUGUCCAUCCUUCCAAGAACGAGAUCUCUGAAGCUGUUAGCUGUUCUGACCCUUCCAUUUUAUCUAAUGGAACAAAGGUAAUAUCCACCAGUAAGGGCACAAAACUUGAAGACACAUUGUAUUCUCCUAGAGUUCACUCAUCACUUGCUACAGAACGUUUUCAGAGUGCCCAUGAUGAUGCCUUCAAAGUGGCUGUGCAGGCCUCAUCGUACCUUAGCCAAAGUGAAUCCUUGGUUCAGUCAUCCUCUUGUCUACCUUCCAGAAGCAAUGAGGUCUCUUCUACUAAUCUGUAUGGAAGUUCAGUUGACUCCUUGGUAAGAUCUGCACAGGAAAAAACUGAAUGUGAUGGGAAACAUGUGGAUCAUAAAUCUGAAGUGACAAAGGACAGAAUUUUACCUUCUGCUAUUCCUACUGACAUGCUUCAAAGUGCUAUAAGUAAAAAUGGUGGAGUUAUGAAAAAUGGUGGUGGUGAAUGUUAUGUAUACAAUAGGAACCUACUGGGAGGAACGUCGUAUGAAUGGCCUAGUGUAACACCAUCUCAUUUUGUAUCUCCUCAAAUGCAACAACGUCCAGCUGCAGCAGACAGGUUGCAUCUUGAUGUUGGUUACAGAUGGCCAACUCAAUUUAACCAACCCUUUCUUCCUGCCAACCAUCAGGUGAGGAAUCCGCCAAUUGAUGCUGGACACAAUCAAAUGUUACCUUCUCUAGCAGUUCCACUAAGUUUUGACUGGCCUCCAGUUUUUAGAGGUUAUGGUAAAAAUGCUUCUGUAAGCUAUGAUCCAUUGUAUACCCCACAGAUGCAAUCUUCUGCUUGGUCAGGGUUCCCUGCUCAACUAGUGCAAAGAGGGGGUAUUUGCAGUGACAGUGAUGUUGCGGAUGAUACUGAAAGCUAUUGGUUUUCUGAAGAAGAAUCAGAUAGUCGUGCACAUUCUGGAAGAGAUAUUAAUCAAUACUUUGGUGGAGGUGUGAUGUACUGGAGUCCUGCAGAACAUGCAGGAACUGGUUUUUCCAGGCCACCAUCUCUUAGUUCAGAUGAUAGUGCCUGGGCUUGGCAUGAGGCUGAUGUUAUACGAGUUGUUGAUGAUGUAGCUAAUGGUAUUCCAUCUACAUACACAAAUGGUGUAUCAUCACCACCCUCCACUCCAUCUUGUUCUCAAAAUGAAUCUUUGGAUCCAGCUGCUCACUUGAUAACAGGGAAUGAGAUCAAUAAUGAAGCUCUGACUUCUCCAUCUUCGGUGCAAGAUAGUCCUGAAGAUAAAAUAAUGCAAGUUGCAAAGGCUGUGUCUUGUGGCAGUGAAGUAGUUAAGGCAGAUACAUUGCCAUAUGCCAUGCUGCGGCCGAUAGUUGUUCCUAGUAUAUCACGAAGGUCAUCACGAUCUGAGAUUAAGGGUGCUCAUGAUCACAGGAGGAGCCCAUGUGUACCAUCAACAAGGAGGGACAUACCUAUUCUAAGAAGACCUCCAUCACCAGUAGUACUUAGUGUUCCUCGCGUACCUAGGCCACCACCUCCUUCACCUGCUGGAGAGUCAAGAAAACGAGGGUUCCCUAUCGUUAGAUCCGGCAGCUCAAGUCCUCGACAUUGGGGGAUGAGAGGUUUAUUUUCUGAAGACAAAAUUUUUCAUAGGGCUCAGUUUUGCUUGGAUGGUCCUGAAGUUGUAUGGCCUUCAUGGGGUAACAAGGGUACUUCUGGUACAUUGGUGCAAACAAUUGAGGAUACUGUUUUGCAGGACCACCUUGUUAAGAUUUCACAGCUAUCUUGUGAUCAACAUCCAGAUGUGGCAUUGCCUGUACAGCCACUAGAUAUGCUAAAUGGUUCGUCUCACAAGGCAUCCCUCUCUUUGAUGCACAAUGCUCUACAUGAAGAAAUAGAUCAAUUCUGUAAGCAGGUUGCUGCUGGUAAUCUGGUGAGGAGGCCCUAUAUAAACUGGGCUGUCAAAAGAGUCACCCGUUGCCUGCAGGUUCUGUGGCCUCGCUCCCGUACAAAUCUAUUUGGCUCAAAUGCCACUGGUCUGGCUCUUCCAACUAGUGAUGUUGAUCUUGUGGUUAGUCUUCCUCCUGUCCGAAACCUGGAACCUAUUAAAGAAGCUGGAAUUUUGGAAGGCCGUAAUGGCAUCAAGGAAACAUGUCUACAGCAUGCAGCAAGGUGUCUUACUAACCAGGACUGGGUUAGAAGUGAUUCCCUUAAAACAGUUGAAAACACAGCUAUACCUGUGAUCAUGCUUGUAGCGGAUGUACCCUGUGACACGAAUAUGUCCAAUGAGUAUUCUUCAGUACUAGAUGGCUCACAAGACUAUUCAGUUAACAUGCUUGGAGAACAAGGGAGUCCUCCUCGGUCUGACACCUCUAGUUCAGAAGGCAGCAACAUGCUGAUGUGCUCAAAAUUGAAUAAGGAUGAUUGUGAUAUUGUGCAGUCAAUUCGUCUUGAUAUAAGUUUCAAAUCGCCAUCCCAUACAGGACUGCAGACUACUGAGUUGGUACGUGAGUUGAGCCAGCAAUUUCCUGCAGUUAUACCUCUUGCCUUGAUUCUCAAGAAGUUUUUGGCUGACCGGAGUUUGGACCACCCCUAUUCAGGUGGUCUGAGCUCUUACUGUUUGGUGCUGUUAAUUGUUCGUUUUCUCCAGCAUGAGCAUCAUCUUGGUCGACCUAUUAAUAAAAAUCUGGGCAGCCUUUUGAUGGAUUUCUUGUACUUCUUUGGGAACAUAUUUGAUCCACGCCAUAUGCGCAUUUCUAUCCAAGGAAGUGGAAUUUAUUUGAAUCGAGAAAGAGGGCAAAGCAUUGACCCGAUUCACAUAGAUGAUCCACAUUGCCCUGCUAACAAUGUGGGCAGGAAUUGUUUCCGCAUUCACCAAUGUAUUAAGGCAUUUGCUGAUGCGUUUGCUGUUCUUGAGAAUGAGCUACUGCAGUUCAGUUCAGAAUGUAGCAUGCCUGUAUCUUCAUUCAAUAUACUAAAGAAAAUAAUCCCAAGUAUUGAUUCUGAUGAGCUGUAGCUAUAAAAAAGAGGUACGAUUCCACAGAAUACAAUUGAUGACAGGGUGGAAUGACCUGUGCUGCCUUCUAGACACACUGAUGUCUAUGCAGCUGCUCAGAAGCCUCAGUGUGGCAAGUUUGAUACCUCUGGAAUAGACCAAAAAAUAGACCGGCAAGAUGGCAAUAUUCAAACGUGAGCUCUUGUGUGUUCAUGCAAUGGCACAUGAUGCCUUGCUCCCUGAUCGAGCUUCUUGAUGUUCAGAUCUCUGACUGAGGUAAAUUGGCUUACUCAAGAACAAGGUGGUGAAUUGGCUUUCUCAUGAACAAGGCGUUGCUGCACACAGACUACUGACGUGGCUGUUCUUGCACCUUUCUGAAUAAGCCCAUUCAUGUAAUGUUUGGUAAAUGCAAACCGCAUGAUUAUCCGCUUGAUACUGUGAUUGAUAGAUGCUUCACCUCGUGCCAAUAUUCUGUGUUCCAAUGCCAAGUCACAUAUUCUGAGCAGCAACUGGAGAUUUGCUCAUGUACCGAUUCUUCAAGGUCCUAGGAUCAUUUGGGGUGAUGAAGAUUGUGAAAUACAUGUGGAGGGGUACUUAUAUGGAGAUGCAUGGUCUUAGUAAUUAAGCGGUCAAGAACUUAUGGUCACCUGAUGAAAACAAGGAUGGUUGUGAAGAGAACGGAGUAGUGGCAUCAGCUAUCAGGGAAAGGGAAGUGCUAUUGACAUCAUGGCUGACCCCUUUCAGAUUAUCGCGCUGAGAUCUUCCUGGCGAGGAUUGGGAGCUACGAGCCAGAUAUCCUUGACGGAAAUGUUUGCUUGGACAGCGUAAACCGGAAAGUACCGGCGAUGAUAUUGAUGAUGAUAAUCGCACUGCUCUCUAUUGUCAUACUGUUGUCUGCACUCUUCAGCGACAUGUCUUGUGCCUUUUCAACGUGCGAAAUGUGAGCAAUUGCUCUUGUAAAGCUGCACUAUUUCACUAAAACAUUAUUGUUUGGGUUAUUUAGAUCCAUGGUAUUACUAUUUAUCUAUUUGGAAACUUACAUUACAAUUUU